CUGACUCUGCUCGAUAUUCCGUUUAUUCAAACGGAAUGAAAUUCAAUUUUUAUUUAACUUGAUGCAAUUUGGGUCGGCACAUGGCCUGUUUUAUCAUCCGAGCUGUGUGUCCGUUCAUUUUCCAUGCAAUUAUUAGUGUUGUUGUUUUUAUUAACAUUUUUUUCUACAAUUGCAGAAUGAUGAAAGCCACAGCGUGGUUUUGCCCGGUGUUAUUGACUUUACUGAGCGCCACGAGGCUCGUUUGCACCGCACAGCGUGGUGCGGCGGCAACAGCAGCGGGUGCUGCAGGCGCUGGCUCAGCCAACGGAUAUCCGCUGGACUAUUUGGAUGUGCAGGCCGUACAGGAUGAGUACUCGCUAGCCAAGCGGAAUAAGCCGUCGCUGUCCAUUGUCAAUCCGUUGGAUGUGCUGCGCCAGCGGCUGCUCCUGGAGAUUGCGCGCAGACAGAUGAAGGAGAACACUCGGCAGGUCGAAUUGAAUAGGGCCAUACUGAAGAACGUGGGUAAACGUGUUUUCCUGGAGCCGGCGUCUUGGGGCAACAUGCGCCACAAGUUACUGCAGCAACAGCAGCUGCAGCUGGAGCGGGACCGGGAGCGAGAGCAGCUGCGUCGCGAGCAGCUGCAGCAGCAACAUUUCCCCAGUCAACUAUGGGGGUACACUGGCAGCCCAGUUGCCUCUUCCGACUCCUCAUCGGCCACAGCGGUAUCACGGUUUUUUGAUUUUCUACACCGACCCACAAAAGAGCAGCAGCAACAGCUGCUUCUUGACAAGUCCCUCAAGAUAGGCGUGGCUAAACAUCAUCAGUCAAACGGAAAUGAAAUCGCAAACGAAACAAAUCAUGACAACGGCAAUCGCAAAAGCGCAACAGGCCUGAUGUCUAGUGAGGACGAACUGGAUAAUUCUGUCGAGGAUCGAGACGAAAUGUUGGAUGAGCCCAACUUAAACUGGGUCAGCGAGCAGCCUGCGGAUGAUAUGGACAGGUCGCUAGAAACGACUAAUGCAAAUGCAAAUGCCAAGCUGCCCUGGCGUCUCAUCUAUCGCAUGCACAAGACUCCGCACUAUGCUAAUUAAGUGUCAGCAGCCAAGGCUAAAGAAACAGAUACAGAUACAUAAACACACAGAUACAGAUACAGUUACAGCUACAGCUACAGCUACAGCUACAGCAGAAAGCUUUAGAGUUUAACUAGAUGUUCGUAGUUGCUAAAUUGACGGUUCCUAAUGGCUGGCUAUAAGGCAGACAUAUUGUGUGUGAAACCCUCCGAUAAAAACGAAUCCCAACCACCCCUUAUAUGUACACAAGGCUUACACAAACAACUCGCGCACUCUACUUACUAUUUGAAUUUCGUCUUUGGUAUUUUAAACUAAAUGGUUUACGUAACGAUUCAUGCUACCUCUUUCUCAGAUGCAUAUGCAACAAACAACUCGAAACGAACGUUCCCUAAACACUAAAAUAAUUAUACUCACAAACUUAUAUUUAUUGACUAGCAAAAAAGUAAAA